AUGAUCAAAAUUGAAGAACGAAAGUUGUCCGUUCCCAGUUGCAAUCUCGUCAGCGAGAAACAACAGCCGAGUCGAGAAGUCAUCGAACGAUUCUCGUCACUCACCAAAAUUGAACGAGUUUGGGCAUAUGUUAUGAGAUUCACGUCAAACCUGUCCAAGGGAUCGAUUGAGCGAACAUUCGGCAGAUUAUCGGUAGCAGAAUUGCAAGAGGCUCAUCGACAUCUGGUUAAGCAAGUUCAAGCUACUCAUUUCGCAGAAGAAACAUCGGCAUUGCAAGGUGGUCGCGACUUGAAGACUUCUAGUAAACUUCUUCAAUUGCGUCCCUUUGUCGAUGAUCACGGCGUGCUCAGGGUGGGCGGUCGAUUGCAACACGCGUUGCUAUCAUUCGAGCGGAAGCAUCCCAUCAUAUUGCCGUCUGGAGAUCGAUUUACAAGAUUAUUAUUCGAACGAGAACAUCGACGAUUGUUACACGCAAGCCAACUGUUAUUGUUGUCAUCAAUCAAGGAGCGCUAUUGGCCUCUCAGAGGUCGAGACUUAGCACAACAAGUGUGCCGUACAUGCGUUUGUUGCGCAAGAAACAAGCCACCAGCUUCAUCGCAAAUUAUGGGGUCGUUACCAAGCGAUAGAAUUCAUCCGAGUCGAGCCUUCACAAUCACUGGCGUCGAUUUUGCCGGUCCUAUAACGACUCUAGUUAACAAGGAACGUGGACGCAAGACGAACAAGUCCUACAUUGCUUUAUUUGUAUGUUUUUCAACCAAAGCCAUUCAUUUGGAAGCCACAAGCGAGUUGAAAACCGCUGCAUUCGUCGCAUCCCUGAGACGAUUCAUCGGUCGACGAGGAAGGCCACGCACCCUGUACAGCGACAAUGGUACAAACUUCAUCGGAGCAAAUCGCGAAUUGAGAGAAGUUUAUCAGUUCGUUCGUGCAGAAGUAGAGACUGGCAUCGGUGACAUGUUUGCAAACGAAAACAUCGAGUGGAAAUUCAUUCCCCCCGACUCUCCACACAUGGGAGGACUAUGGGAAGCAGGGGUAAAAUCUUGCAAGUACCACCUCAAGCGAAUUAUGGGCAACGUUCUAUUCACCUUUGAGGAACUGGCUACAGCGCUCAGUCAAAUAGAGGCGUGCUUGAACUCGAGGCCGCUAUCUUCAAUGUCUGCGGAUCCAAUGGAUUUACAACCCCUCACGCCAGCGCAUUUUUUAAUAGAAGAAGCAUUGACGAGUUUGCCUGACGUUAAUGUAACGAUAAUUCCGCUGAACCGUUUAGACAGGUGGCAGAUGAUUCAGCGAGUAUUUCAAGAUUUUUGGAAACGGUGGGUGGCAGAGUACCUCAACAAUCUUCAGGGCCGCAGAAAGUGGCGAAUUGCAAAGGAGAAUUUAAAGGUCAAUGAUCUGGUGAUCAUAAGAGAAGAGAACCUUCCGCCUCUCAAGUGGAAAUUGGGUCGAGUCAUAGAGUUGCAUCCAGGCAGCGACGGUCUAGUUCGAGUCGCUACAGUUCGCACAUCCGGUAAUAACGUCAAACGAUCCAUCGUAAAACUUUGUAAGGUGCCUCUAGCGUCAGAUUCCGAUUCACAAAUUAGCUGCGCUAAUUUGGUGGGCGGUAUGUUGGGCAUAGGACAUUAA